GAGACGAAACGAGACAAGUGUCUCGGAUUUUCAUGUUAAAUGUCAGAAAAAUGUUUUUUUUUUUUUGCAGUUUAUAAGCAAUAUUUUUUUGAAGCAAUAAAUUUUAUUUUCAAAAAUCACGAGAAAAUAUAAAAUACAAUAAAUAUUUUUGUGAAAAAAUUUUUUAAAAUGACUGAAGACAGUGGAAUAGAUAGUGAUCCAAAGAAUAAUGUUAAUAUUGAAGACGAAACUUUAUUUGCGGGCAGUGAUAGCAGUAGUAGCAGUAAUUCAAUAACGAAUCGACGCACAACGACGACAAAACAUUUACAAAGAAAACUUGAGGCACGUAUCGAGCAAGCGAAAAGAAUUCAAAAAAAUUCAGAAUAUAUGAAACUUGCCAAUAAUGAUGAUUGUAAUGUGAGUCCUGGAAUUGGAAUAAUUCCCAUUCAAAGGAUACCAAUUCCUCAGAAGAAAAAAAAUCUUCCCCUCGUUGAAUUAUGUAACAGUGAUAGUGGAAGUGAAGAAGAAAUGGCAUUGAUUCCCAUGUCGAGGACAAAAAUUGGAAAUAAAAUUCUUAAGGAUCUUACUGAUCCAUUUAGUAUUGAAGUAUUAAGUGAAGGUAGCGAGGAUUCUUUAAAUCUGGAAUCAAUAGAAACAAGUCAGUCUGAUGCAACAACUUAUAGAUCAUCUGGUUGUUUUUCUUGUCAAUGUCAUAUUUUAUAGUAUUUUUCAUUUUAUCAUUAUAUAGGGAACAAUCGAUAAAAAUUUUAUGCUUUUGACGUUAAAAAAAAAUAAGAUUUGCCUAAAAUGUGUCUUUUUAAUUUUAGUGCAAAAAAAAGAGAUCUAAAAAAAUUAGCUAUAAAUUUUAAUUUUACUAGAAUAGCUAAUUUUAAUAUAAAAUUGACUUUAUGAAUAAAUUAAUUAUUUGCCAAUUUAUAACAAAUAUUCAAACAAUUUUAUCUUAAGUAAAUAAAUUGUUUUAGAAAAAAAAAAUUCAAAUAUUUAAAGAAACUAUCUAAGCAUAUCCUGAACAAAAAAUCAGUUUUCCAAAUGUAUUCUACAAUUUAUGAACUCGAGUUGCCAAAUAUUAUUUAUAAAAAAAGAAACAUUUUUAACUAAUUUAAAUUAAAAAAAAUUUAAAGAACUAUAAAAUUUACCCGUAAAUAGAAUAUACAUAUAAUUUGAAAAAAUUAAAUAAAAUAUUUGACUAUUUUAUUGUUGAAAAGAGAUAUAUAAAAUAUAAAUAGAAAUAUAAAUCGUGCAAAAUAUUCGACUAAGCAUCAUUGUGAUGCUUUUAUUCUAUUAAAAUAUUAUAAAAAUCUAUUAAAGCGCACAAAAUAUUUAUUUCCGCUAAAAAUGUACAUUUUCAAAGCGCUAACAAUUUAUUCCGA